AUGGCGCAUCGAAUCAUCGCCCAGAUCGUCCUGACCGGCGGGCGUGUCUUUGGCAGGGCAUUUGCAGAGGCAUACAAGCAGGCGCAGGCAUCAACGCAGUAUGCGAGGGCUGCUGCGAAAAGUGACCCGGGCGCCGUCAACACCGCUGCCGCCUCCGGCAUGACCCUCGACGAAGCCUGCAAAAUCCUCAACGUCAAGCCUCCCCAAGGUGGCGCCACCAAUAUGGAACAGGUCAUGGAGCGGUUUAAGAAGCUGUAUGAUCUGAACGAGCCAAAGAAAGGCGGUGGUGGAUCCUUCUACCUCCAGAGCAAGAUUCUUCGUGCAAGAGAACGGAUAGAGAUGGAAGCUCGCGCCGCCGAGCGCAAGGCCCAAAUGGAAAAAGAAAUCAAAGAAGGUUGGAGACCCAAGAUAUACAAAACUUGA